GGCGUGUCGUGAAAAGGGGCGGUCCUUCCGCGGGACUGUUAUUAUUUAUUUCUUUGUUUCAUGUGCACUUUAACAACAACAAUGGUGGCUAAUUGAAGACGUGUUUUGUGUUGUUUUGGCGUGCGCGGAUGACUGCCCCCUGCUCCACUUACCACACGGACCGGACGGGCGAAUCUUCGGGGGGAGGAUGAAGCGGCGCAAUGCGGACUGCAGCAAACUCAGACGGCCGUUAAAACGGAACCGAAUCACGGAGGGUAUAUAUAGCAGUACAUUUCUGUAUCUGAAGUUCUUGGUCGUGUGGGUGUUGGUUCUGCUGGCUGACUUUGUGCUGGAGUUCAGGUUCGAGUACCUGUGGCCCUUCUGGCUUUUCCUCCGCAGUGUCUACGAUUCCUACAGAUAUCAAGGACUGGCGUUCUCGUUCUUCUUCGUAUUUGUGGCGUUGACAUCAGACAUCAUCUGCCUCCUCCUCAUCCCCGUUCAGUGGCUCUUCUUUGCUGCCAGCACUUAUGUGUGGGUCCAGUAUGUGUGGCACACAGAGAGAGGAGUGUGUCUCCCCACUGUAUCGCUGUGGAUCCUGUUUGUUUACAUCGAAGCUGCCAUCCGCUUUAAAGAUCUGAAGAACUUUCACGUUGACUUGUGUCGACCUUUUGCUGCUCACUGUAUUGGGUACCCGGUUGUUACUCUGGGCUUCGGCUUCAAGAGCUACGUGAGCUACAAGAUGCGCCUGAGGAAGCAGAAGGAGGUGCAGAAGGAGAAUGACUUCUACAUGGAGCUGCUGCAACAGGCGCUACCUCCAGAGCAGCAGAUGUUACAGCGACAAGAGAGGGAGGCAGAGGAGGCCAAAGGGAUUUCAGAGGCAGAACCCUUAGUAAUAUCCCAGAACGGGGGCCCUCCCGGUAAGAAAAGCUCCUCAGUGCCAUUGCCAGAGCUGGAGUAUCGGGAGAAAGGGAAGGACAGCACCGCAAAAGAGCGGGAAAGCAAAAAGCAAAACAGCCUGGGAAUCAAUAACAACAACAUUCUACACUCACUGGACUCCAAACUACAGGAGACAGAAUAUAUUGAGAACUUCAUCAGGGCAAAGAAACUUAGUAACGACGUGGCGGCAGACAGCGACGCCCCUGCACACGCUGCUUCCAAAGAGGAAGCGGCGGGAAGCGGCAAGAACUGCAAAAAUGCUUCCGGGGGCGGCGUCUCUAACUCUCCUCCCAGGAAUCACAGCUUCAGCAACGGCAGCGUUCAGACGGCUUCCUCGGCCAGCAAGAAUGAGAAGAAGCAGAAAGGAGGGAGCGGGAAAAGUCUGAGGGAUCCUGUGGAGAACUGCAUCCCCAACAACCAGCUGGGAAAACUGGAUGCUUUAGUCCGGCUGGAGCAGGACGUGAAGCGCCUGAAGGCGGACCUCCAGGCCAACAGACAGCUAGAGUCGGACCUGCGGUGUCAGCUGUCCUCGCUCAGCAGCCAAGACCGCAGCCUGCGCUCCGAGCUGGGCCAGCUCCGUCAGGACAACGAUCUGCUCCAGAACAAGCUCCACGGCGCCGUGCAGGCCAAGCAGAAAGAUAAGCAGACCAUCUCCCAGCUGGAGAAGAGGCUAAAAGCCGAGCAGGAGGCUCGCAUCCUGGCUGAAAAACAGCUGGCUGACGAGAGGAAGAGGAAGAAGAUGGAGGAGGCCACGGCUGCCAGGGCGGUGGCUUUGGCCGCAGCUACAAGAGUGGAGUCCAACGAUUCGCUGCGUGGUCGGAUUAGAGAGCUGGAGACGGAGUGCAAGAAGCUCAGCAUGGACAUGAAACUCAAGGAGGAGCAGAUUCGGGAUCUGGAGGGCAAGUGUCAGGAGUUGCGCAAGUACAAGGAGAACGAGAAGGACACGGAGGUGCUGAUGUCGGCGCUGUCCGCCAUGCAGGAGAAGACUCAGCACCUGGAGAACAGCCUGAGUGCAGAGACCAGGAUCAAGCUGGAUCUCUUCUCCGCACUGGGAGACGCCAAGAGGCAGCUGGAGAUAGCACAAGGCCAGAUCCACCAGAGGGAGCAAGAGAUCGCCGAGCUGAAGCAGAAGAUAGCGGAGGUGAUGGCGGUGAUGCCCAGCCUCUCCUACUCGUCAGACGGCAGCAACCUCAGCCCCGUCACGCCGCACUACUCCUCCAAGUUCAUGGACAAUAGUCCCUCCUCCCUGGACCCCAACGCCUCCGUCUACCAGCCCCUCAAAAAAUGACUCAAUCCACUUUUUGGAGUUCAAUCUCUCGGUUUCAGUUGUUUACAAACUCCUGACAGUGUUUGCACUCUGAAGGACACAAAUAUACAUAUCUGCUGAGGGUCGUGACCUUCACUUUCAGUCAAAGGAGGAAAGAAAGAGCCAUCGUGUGUCAAUCUUCUUUUCCCAGAACAGGCAUUAUUACUUCCUUCACCAAGUGAGAAUGUAAGCAGCACUCAUGCUUUCUUAGUGUAGAGCACUGAUCUUCUCACAAUAUGCACUUCCCCUUACAACCAGGCUUAUUUGUCACCCCCAGGAUUGCCAAAACCACCAAAUUACAACCCCUCUUAUAUUUCAAUGAAUUAUUUGCAGAUUUUACAGUGCCUUGCAUAAAAUCCUGCAGUUUCUCCUACAAUAAGGUUGUUUUUGCAGCAAAAACAAAGCUGUGAUUGUCUCACACCCAACAGUUUACAUCAUGUACAGUACAGGCCACAAGUGUGGACACACUCUCUAUUUUCAUUUCAUGACUACUUACAUUGUAGAUUGUCACAUCAAAACUAUGAAUGAACA